CAAGGCUACCAAUAAAAAAAUAUUUCUGUCUCGAUGACGUAAUCGCUUAAUAUGGCGGAUGACGCGCGCGCUGGUUGGUGUCGCUGUGUACGGCUCCUCUCGUAAUUCUGUAGAUGAUACGGUCGACAACCACUUGUCCCGAACGAUUUCUCCUUUUUAUGAAUGGAAUCUGUAGUAGCCGGUGAUUAAAUAUAAUACUUUUAACAGACUUCCACGCGAUUGAAGUGCAAAACAGUGUAAAAGUUCAAUUUCUCGGUGACAGUGUUUUGAGCGGUUCUCCUUUUUGUGCCAACACAGUGUUUACGUGCUGUAAACGGUACCUAUUGUGUGAAAUUGUUCUUUGGCCUUCUACCUUCCCAUUUAAUGGGAUCUUGUUGAUCAACAGGUGUUGAAGGAAGAGCGGCGCCAUGCCGGAGGGCGUCAAAGAAGACGCGAAGGCCAAGGAUGGCAAAGACGAUGUGAAGGUCAAAGGCAAGAAGGAGGCGUCGCCGCGGCGACGACCCGGACACACCACCCGGGUCAAGGUCGAGCUGCUGGACGGCUCCACCAUGGAGCUGGAUGCAGACAGAAAAGUACGAGGUCACGAACUGUUGUCAAAGGUUUGCGACAGCCUAAAUUUGGUGGAGAAGGAUUAUUUCGGUCUUCUGUACGAGGACCGCGGCGACAAGCGCGCCUGGAUAGACCUGGAGAAGAGGGUCUCGAAACUGUUGAAACACGAACCAUGGGAGUUGCGGUUCGCGGUGAAAUUCUACCCGCCCGAGCCGGCGCAGCUGCAGGAGGAGCUCACGCGCUACCAGCUCGUGUUGGCCGUGCGCAGGGACCUGCUAGAAGGUCGUCUACCGUGUUCUACCGUGACGCACGCUCUGCUAGCGUCGUACUUGCUACAAUCGGAGCUCGGGGACUACGAGGAGUCCGAGGCGGGCGCGGGGCUCUGCAAACAAUUGAAGCUGGCGCCCCCCGCCGCCUGCACCCCCGACCUGGAGGAGAAGGUCGUCGAACUGCACAAGACGCACAGAGGUCAGACCCCAGCAGAAGCCGAGCUGAACUACCUGGAGAACGCCAAAAAGCUGGCCAUGUACGGAGUAGACCUUCACCCAGCCAAGGACUCUGAGAAUGUUGACAUUACACUGGGAGUUUGCUCAUCAGGACUACUGGUGCAUCGGGAAAAAUUACGCAUAAACCGUUUCGCGUGGCCCAAGAUCCUUAAGAUCAGCUACAAGCGACACAAUUUCUACGUAAAAUUGCGACCGGGAGAGUUCGAACAGUUCGAGUCCACUGUGGGCUUCAAGCUUGCAAACCAUCGCGCCGCCAAGAAGCUGUGGAAGACUUGCGUGGAACACCAUACGUUCUUUAGAUUGAUGAGCCCCGAGCCCCCGACCAAGAGUACGUUGUUCCCCCGGCUGGGGUCCCGCUUCCGGUACAGCGGGCGCACCCACUACGAGUCCCGCGCCGCGCCCCCCCAGCGGCCCCCCCCACACUUCAGCAGGACGCUGUCCCACCGCCAGCUGUCCUCGCGCAGCAUGGACGCGUUGGCGGCAGCUGAGAAAGAUGACGGUAUGCCCCCAGAGGCCGUUAAACGUCACACGAUGCCGCCACAACCCGCUCCCAGACCCACCAUCAAGGAUAAGAAACCGCCGCCUGGUGCCGUAAAAGUGAUGCCUACAGCGCCCCCCGAUAAGCAAGAGAAGCUGGAAGAGCAAAGGCGACCCGCGGAAAACGGUACAGACACUUCUAGCGAUCCGGGUCUCACUAACAACGCGGAGACCACGCCCAAGAAAACUAAGGGAGGUUUCGGUCUGUUCGGUGGCAAGAAGGACAAAUCGCCCAAAGAAGAGAAGUCGCCUAAAGAGAAGUCGCCCAAGUCUAAAGACAAAUCGCCCAGAGAUAAAUCACCCAAAGAUAAGAAAGCCAAAGUGGCCGUACUCGACACGUCGAACGAGAGUUCCAAUCUCGAUUCAUCACGCGAAAAGAGUCCGUCCAAGCAAGAGGACAAGCCUGGUUUCACUAAACCCUACGAAUACAUAGACACUGAAAAGAGUCCAACGCGAACUAAACCUUUCAUACAGGGUGCGUUCAGCUACGAAAAAGAACCGAUAUCCGAAGAGAAACAGAGAGCACUCGAUGAAAGUCAAAGCCCGACAACAAGGAAAGCCGGCCUCGCCUUCAACUACGCACCGGGUGAAGACAAGAAAGUGGCAGAAAGCGCCGAAAAGCGCAAGACACCCGAAGAUCCUAGCAAGCUUAAAACGCCUGGUAUCGAUUACGUCCAAUCCGCUGCACUCAAAGAACAAGCCAAAGCACCCAAACACCUUAUAGAUCCCACUUUGGCACUACUAGAUUCUGAACGAGCGCAUUAUGAAGCUCCUUUAGCAGCUGCGGUUGCUGCACCUGUUGCCGCCAAACCUGAUAAUGAAGUAAAAGUCGUCAUCAUCACAGGCAGAUAUAAUCCUAAGACGAAGAAACUCGACGAUGCCAACGGAACUAUUUUAGUAACCCGAGGCACUCUCAACAAAGCGAACGGAAAAAUACAAACUGAAAAAGAACUCAUCAACACAAAAUCGGGUCAAAUCAGUUACACUGACCCCGCUACUAAUAAACAAGAAGUGAAAAAUGGUCAUGUGGAUUCGAAGUCGGGUCAUAUUUUGUUCACGACCGGCGUCGUCGAUCCGAAGACUGGGAAACUCGAACCUACGCUUGCCCAACAGUACUGCUUUGUUGAAAAAGCGCAAGACAAAGUUGGCGUGAAGCCUGGUAGGGAGGUUGAUCUAGUUGUUAUAACUGGUAAAUACGACGGAAAGCAUAAGAAAUUAGAUGCCUCGCACGGGCACGUGAAUGUAUCUAGAGCAGUUGUAACACCAGAUGGCACAGUGGCGUCUAACUAUGGAGUUAUAGAUCCAAGAACUGGUAAGAUAGAUUACAUUGAUCCCAAAACAGGAAAACAAGAUCCGAAACAAGCAUACGUCGACCAAAAAACUGGAAAUCUACUUGUUACAACUGCGGUCGUUGAUCCGAAAUCUGGCAAAGUCGAUUCUUCCCUAGGCCAGCAGUUCAGCAUUGUUGAAAAAGACGCCACGACAGCUAAUAGAGAAAUUCGUCUCAUAGUUAUCACUAGCAAGUAUGACUUGAAGAACAAGAAAUUAGAACCCAACUUUGCACACGUAGACGCGGUCAAAGGCGUCUUGGGUGGAUCUGAUGGUAAAAUUUAUACAGAAUACGGUGUUAUUGACCCAAGAACCGGCGAUAUUCAUGUCACCGAUCCUAAGACUGGUCAACAAGAAGUUAAACACGCGCAAGUCGAUCCUAAAACUGGCAACAUAUUGCUCUUGUCUGGCGUAAUUGACCCUCGAACAGAUAAAUUGGAUACCACACUUGGUCAACAAUAUAGCAUUGUCGAUAAACCUGUCGAUACAUUUGCUGCGGUAACUGGCAAAGAAGUCCAAUUAAUAGCUAUAACUGGCAAAUACGAUUCCAAAAAUAAAAGGCUUGAUAAUCCUAACGGUUUCGUUGAAACUUCGCACGCUAUAAUAAGCGAUAAAGACGGCAAAGUACAUACAAACUUUGGUGUACUGGAACCCAACACAGGAAAAAUAUAUUACACUGAUCCAAAAACCGGCAAACGAGACUCUAAACAAGCCAUCAUUGAUGCCAAAACAGGUAGCUUUAUUCUUACUUCAGGAGUUAUUGAUCCCAAGACUGGGAAAACAGAUUCGUCCCUUGCUCAGCAGUUGACAGUAGUUGACAAAGAUGCCCCAAGAGGUAUACCUGAAAGAUACGUCAAUUUAGUUAUCGUCACUUCUAAAUAUGACCCUAAAAACAAAAAGUUGGAACUUACUAACGCUCAUGUAGAUUCACUUCCGGGUAAAAUAGAUGAUGAUGGCAAAGUUCAUACAGAAUAUGGCAUUGUUGAUCCCGAGUCAGGUGAAAUUAUUGUCACAGACCCUCUUACUGGAAAGCAGGAAGUUAAGAAAGCUUCUGUGGAUUCCAAGACAGGAAAUCUUCUACUUACAUCAGGAGUCGUUGAUCCACAAACUGGCAAGGUAGAUGCUAGCUUGGGACAGCAAAUUACCAUUGUCGACAAAACAAAAGACAAAUUCACUUCGGUUCCUGGUAAAGAGGUGCAAUUAGUUGUAAUUACAAGUAAAUAUGAUCCUAAAUAUAAACGUUUGGAUAACCUCAAUGGUCACGUAGAAACCUCGAGGGGGGUGGUGGCUGCCGAUGGCAAAGUCCACAGUAAUUUUGGUGUUAUUGAUCCUAAAACGGGUAAAAUUGAGCAUCUGGAUCCAAAGACUGGCAAACAAGACAUUCAACAAGCUGUAGCAGACCCUAAAACUGGACAUUUAAUACUUUCCUCUGGAGUAGUUGACCCAAAUACUGGAAAGGUCGACUCUUCGUUGGGCCAGCAGUUCGCGAUUAUUGAUAGAGAUUCUCGAAAGAGCAUUCCGGAAAGAUUUGUUAAUUUAGUGAUUGUGACAUCUAAAUACGAUCCACAGAAUAAAAAACUGGAUCUCACCGACGCUCACGUAGAUACUAUUCCUGGUAAAGUAGAAGCUGAUAACAAGGUUCGCACUGAAUUUGGAAUUGUAGAUCCCAGUACUGGAGAUAUCACAAUAAUAGAUCCGGUAUCAGGAAAGAAGGAGGUCAAGAAGACUGUUGUUGAUCCAAGGACAGGUAACUUGCUUCUUACUUCGGGAGUUCUCGACCCACGCACUAGGAAAAUCGAUUCCACUUUGGGUCAGCAAAUAAGUGUUGUUGAAGUACCUAAAGACAAACAUGCUCCAUCAUUACCUGGAAAGGAAGUUCAACUAGUAAUUAUUACCAGCAAAUAUGAUCCCAAACAUAAGAAGUUGGAAAGCGCUAAUGGUCAUGUGGAAGCUGUACCAGGAGUCCUGGCUUCUGACGGUAGAGUUCACACUACCUCUGGCAUCGUUGACCUGAAAACCGGCAGAAUCGAAGCAGUUGAUCCUAAAACGGGUAAAACUGAAAUCAAACAAGCUAUAACAGAUCCUAAAUCUGGUCACUUAAUCCUUUCUACUGGAGUUGUGGAUCCAAAGACUGGAAAAGUUGAUUCUUCUUUGGCUCAACAAAUCGCUGUCGUUGAUAAAGAUAAGAUUCCUGAUAAAUAUGUGAAUUUAGUAAUAAUAACAGCCAAAUACGAUCCUAAGAAUAAGAAAAUGGAUCUAGCGAAUGCUCACGUCGAUACUAUUCCUGGAACCCUUAAAAGUGACAAUAAAGUUCAUACAGAAUUCGGUGGGGUUGACCCCAACACUGGAGAUAUUCUUUAUUCAGAUCCUAUCACUGGAAAACAAGAGCUUAAAAAAGCGGUUGUUGAUCCGAGGACUGGUAAUAUGGUGCUUACAUCUGGAGUUAUUGACCCACACACUGGACAUGUGGAUCCAACACUAGCCCAACAAAUAACCGUAGUCGAUCAACCUACGGAUAAAUUCACACCUGUGCCAGGCAGAGAAGCUCAAUUGGUUGUGAUUACGAAUAAAUAUGAUCCUAAAAACAAGAGGUUAGAAAGUCCAAAUGGCCACGUAGAAACAUCCCGUGGCACAAUUGCAUCUGAUGGCAGAGUUCACGCGAACUAUGGAAUUGUAGAUCCUAAGACUGGAAGAAUUGAACAAGUGGACCCAGUAACAGGAAAAACCGAAAUCAAACAAGCUGUCAUUGAUCCGAAAACUAGUUGUCUCUUACUGACAUCUGGGGUUGUUGAUCCUAAAACAGGUAAACCUGAUCCUACAUUAGCACAGCAACUAAACGUUGUUGAGAAAGCUAAGCCUGUGGAAAGAGAAAUUCACUUGGUUAUAAUAACGACCAAAUAUGACCCGCGUACCAGAAAGAUUGACCCCAGUCAAGGUCACGUGGAUACUAUUAUUGGAACAUUGGGACCUGAUGGAAAAAUACGUACAGCUAUUGGUACUGUCGAUCCAAGGACUGGAGAAAUCACAGUCACUGACCCGAAGACUGGAAGACAAGAAACUAAACAAGCGACCAUUGAACCUGCCACUGGGCAUAUGUUGAUUACAAGUCAAGUCGUAGACCCGAAGACUGGCAGAGUUGAUCCUACAUUAGCACAACAGUUCAGUGUUAUUAACAAAACUGUGGUACCAGUUGCAAAACCACCAACUAAAGGAGAGGUCCGUCUUGUUAUUGUCACUAACAGAUAUGACCCAUACACAAAAUCAGUCGAUGCCGGAACAGGCACAAUCGACACUUCCAAAGGAUACGUCAGCUCCGAGGAUGGCAAAAUUCAUACAGACUUUGGUAUUCUCGAUCCACGAUCAGGACAAAUCCUAUACAAGGACCCUGUAACUGGAAAGCAGGAAUUGAAACAGGCUGAAAUAGAUCCUAAGUCUGGAAACUUUAUAGUGACUACCGCCGUAGUUGAUCCUAGAACAGGCAAAGUAGAUCCCACUUAUGCUCAGCAGUUUACUAUAGUCGAUAAGCAGAAUGUGUUGUCUAAAGUAGCGCCAGUGAGAGCUAGCGUGUCCCCGCCUAGACAAAUCCCAUCGCCAGUUAAAACACCUCCGCAUACACCGACGCAGACGUCUGUACAAACUCCUAUACGCACUGCCUCACCAAUUACCAGUUACGCUCAAAAAUCUUCACCAAUCGCGUCUGUCAUACAAAAAUCAGCACCAGUGAAACCUACAACUGCUCCUCCAGAACCACCAAAAAGGAAGAUCGUUAAAAUAAUGGUCAUUUUCACGAAACUCGAUCCUAAGACGAAGAAACCUGAUUUACACACUGCAGAAGUAGAACAUUUGACCGGCAUUCUCGACCCCAAUGGAUUGAUUGAAACAAAAUAUGGUGUUAUUGAUUCCAAUAGGGGCACAAUCGUAAUCACAGAUUCAGCGGGUCAGAAGCAGACAAGAGACGGUUUUAUUCUGCCUGAAACUGGGCAAAUAUUCAUCAAUUACGGUGCUAUAGAUCCUAAAACGGGUAAAAUUGAUCCCAACCUGGGCAUGAUUAUGAGUGUUGCUAAACAAGACGACCCUGUCGUUGAAAUCACGACUAUCACUGGACCUAUUGAUCCUAAAACAGGAAGAGUCAAUAUUGAUGAGGGUACAGUGGAACUCACCAAAGGUAAAGUGGAUGCUGAAACUGGCCAUAUUUCCACCAAAUACGGAGUAAUCGAUCCAUCAAAUGGAGUCAUAUUUGUGACAAAUGCGUCUGGAUCUCAAGAUACUAAACCAGUUUCAAUAGACGAGAACAACGGACAGAUAACAAUAACUGGUGCUAUUGAUCCGAAGACAGGAAAAGUUGAUCCUAAACUUGGCCAAGUCAUUGUAGUGGGCACACAUAUCGACCCGGUAGUGGAAGUAACAACAUUCGUUGGUAAAGUUGAUAAUAAGAAAGGUGUCAUUGAACCUAAGCACUCUGUUAUCGAAAGUACCACUGGUCAAUUUAAUCCUGAGAACAAUACUAUUGAUACCAAAUAUGGAACUAUAGAUUUAGUGAAAGGUACUGUUACAUACAACGACCCUAAAACGGGCAAAUUCGAAAGCAAGGAGCUCAAAGUUGACCCCGUUACUGGUCAGUUCUUGCUUAGAAGUGGACAAAUCAACCCUAAAUCUGGUAAACCUGAUAAAGAUGUGGGCAGACUUAUAUGCCUAAGGAUAAUACGUAACAAAGUCGAUCCCGUAUCUGGUAAACAGAUCGUCUCCAAUGACCCAAGGAACGUAAAAGUGGAUCCGAAAACCAACCAAAUCUGGAUCGCUGGACCGAAAGAUCCUCAAACGGGCGAAGUGCUAUAUACCGCUGGACAAAUCGACCCUAUCACUGGUUACAUCAUUACUAUCUACGGCCGCUUAGAUCCGAAGACCGGGUGCAUCGUCAGAGCUACAGACGUUGACAAGUCUCUAAUUAAGGUGGAUCCAGUCAACGGACAAAUUUACACGGCGACCGGCGAAGUCGAUGAAAAUAACCAACCACUUUACUCCGCAUCACAAGUGGAUCCAGGCUCAGGAGAAAUAUACACAAAACUCGGUAGAAUUGAUCCUAUAUCGGGUAGACUGGUCAUAGUCCGAAUAUACAUCAUGACUCAGAAAGACGACAAAGGACGCGUGAAGGAGAUAGAUCCCAAGGAAUGCACCAUAGACGAGACGACGGGCAGAAUCAUUACGACUAAAACUGUGUAUUUGUACCAAAUCGUGGAUCCGAUUACUGGAGAAACAAUCGACGUUGAUCCUGACGAUCCGAGGUUGAAAGGUGCAAGGACUACGGUCACUCAAACCAUGACGUUAUCUGGUAAAAUCGACCCCGUGACUGGGCGAAUAAAGACGGAGUACGGCGAUAUAGACCCCGACACGGGCGACAUCGACCCCAGCACGGCUGUGCGGGACCCCGUCACCGGUCAGCUAAUCCUCCAUUACUCCCAGAUAGAUCCUUCCCACUUCGAAGACAAGAGCGGCAACUACACCAUCGAGAAGGAAACACAAGACUUGCCUGCAAACAUCGACAUACAGACCGUGAACACGCACAAAUUCUCAACGUUCGGGAAAGAUGAUAGCCCAGCGCGAGGCGAUGAGCCGAAAACCUUUACUGAGUACACGACCAGUGAACAUGUUAGGCAUCAGGGUUACGCGUCCAGCACCCCUCUUUCCUCCAAGAUCCCGGUUUCACAGCGGAGCAAGAAGACGCCCACACCGCCCGUCGUGGUGAAGACCACCACCAAGCAACUGCUCACCAAGAACGACGAAGGCGUCACGCACAACGUCGAGCAAGAAGUCGAGAACCUCGGCACCGGGGAGGUCACAUUCUCCACGCAUACGAACAAGGCGGAAGGCCUUGAAGCGGCGGAGAAGAGUCCCUACGUGAGGGCGAGGGCAGUGACUACUAGGACAGCGACCACCCAUCACGACCUGGACACUCAGGAACGGACGCAGCAGAUGGAAGAAAAGACCGUGGCUCAUACUCUGUCUUCUUCAGCUACAAGACAUGAGCAGAGAGUGCUCACGCAGCAAGUCAAGACCACCGUCACCACGGGCGAUAAGCUUACUAGGCGCGGCUCAACUAGUUCGCUGAGCAGCGGCGACUCUGGUACGCCAAUCGACUUCGAGGAGGGCGCGGGAGAGGGGCACUACUAUGUCACUGAGCCUGGGUCUUACCGCACUACCACCACCACGACGGCGAUGGGAGACGCGCCGUUUGGCACCAUGAUCCAUGGCACAACUCCCAGGACAAGCACGGGCGCGACUGAUGCGGAAGAAGUUGCCGAAGGUGAAGUGGUGUCUUCGCAGACUAUCAGCUCCAAGACGCGCACCGUCGAGACCAUCACCUACAAAACGGAGCGUAACGGCGUGGUAGAGACCCGCGUGGAACAGAAGAUCACCAUCCAGUCCGACGGCGACCCCAUCGACCACGACCGCGCCCUCGCCGAGGCCAUCCAGGAAGCGACAGCUAUGAACCCGGACAUGACAGUGGAGAAAAUCGAAAUCCAACAGCAGAGCACGCAGCCUUAACGCACUUGCGGACGUAAUAACGGCGGCCAUUUUGAAAAUACGCUACAACUCGGGCCGAAAGGUCAGUCCCAAAGCCGUGAAUAAAUGGAAACAAACAACACACACAUACAGCCAAUGUAACAAUAUUUAUUGAAAAGUAUGAGUACAAUAUGUAUUAAAGUUUUUUGACGUGACAACGUCUUAAAUUAGGUUGCGGCUGGGAG